AUGAAAAAAUUAUUUCCGGCCAAAAAGAGAGUUACGACUGAUGGACCCUCAGAAAUUGGUUUACCGGUAAAUGUUAAUCACAUUUACCACGUUACAAGAAACGAAGAAACCGGUCAAUUGGAGGGAUUACCGGUUACAUGGCUCAAGCAACUUAACACACAACUUUCAAAGGCCGAACAGAACGCGAAUCCCGAUGCGGCCAUACAAGCUGUCAAGUAUUAUAAUUAUAGUUUGAUAAAAAAAAAUUUCGAUCCUUUUAAACCUCUCGUCACGGAAAAAGCGAUAGCAGAAGAAUCGAAAGAAAUCGAAAACAUAUUGGGGGCUAAAAAAAUAAAAAAUUACACGAGUGGUAGUUCGGAUACUAGCGAGUCCACGAGCGAGGACACUCCUACGGGAACUCCUACUAGAAUACAAUUAAAAAAUUUAACGGAUUCUGCAUCGCCGUCUCCGUGUUUGACUCCGCGAAACGAUGCAGAUUUUCACGCUCAUAAAAUCCUUCCGUCUCCCGUCAAAGGGCAAAAUCAGAUUUAUCACAAUGUAAAUCAAGAGCUAGCUGAAAAAUUAAAAGAAUUGGCUGCGAUAAGAAAAGCGGAAAUAGAAGAAAAUGAAAAAAAUGACAAAAAUGUCGAUAAUUCGACAGAGUCCGGGAGUCCCAUACUAAGAACGAAGAAAGAAGUGCAUAAUAAAAGGCAUAGAAACGAUGCAGAAGUCCUAGAAGAACUUAGAAAAAUCGUACAUCCCGGUGAUCCCUCGAAAAGGUUCGAAAGAAAACAAGAAUUGGGAGCCGGGGUUUCGGGCACCGUUUUCACUGCUGUCGAUCAUUUGAAAAAGACAAAAGUUGCAGUCAAAGACAUUGAUCUCUCGAAGCAACCGAGGAAGGAAAAUAUAUUGAACGAAAUUAAAAUUCUCAAAGAUUUCCGACAUAAAAAUUUAGUUAAUUUUUUAGAUUCUUACCUUUACGGUGAUCAUUUAUGGGUUGUUAUGGAAUUAUUAGACGGCGGACCUUUGACUGACGUAGUAACGGAAACGAUAAUGAAAAAUGGUCAAAUUGCUGCCGUGUGCAAAGAAGUAUUGAAAGCAAUUAGUUUUUUGCAUUCAAAGGGUAUUAUUCAUAGAGAUAUAAAAUCCGACAACGUUCUCUUAGGUAUGGAUGGAUCCGUUAAAGUAACAGAUUUCGGAUUCUGUGCCAACAUUGUAGAAGAUGAAAAACGACAAACGAUGGUGGGUACGCCAUAUUGGAUGGCUCCCGAGGUAGUCACGAGGAAGCACUAUGGUAAAAAAGUAGAUAUAUGGUCUCUGGGUAUAAUGGCGAUAGAAAUGUUGGAUGGUGAACCGCCAUAUUUGAAAGAAACUCAUCUUCGAGCUUUGUACCUAAUUGCUGCCAACGGUCGGCCGGUCAUAAAUAAAUGGAGUACUUUACCAACUGAUUUUCAGUCAUUUUUAGAUCAAUGUUUGCAAGUUGAUGUGGACAAGAGAGCAACAGCAGACGAAUUACUACAGCAUCCAUUUUUAGAAAAUCCAAUGGAACUAAGAACUUUAACGCCUUUAAUUCGAGCCGCUCAAAGAAUAUUACGUAAAGAUAUAGAUUGGCAACUUUCGUAA